GUUACAUUUAAAUUUGAACUGGAAAUCAACAAUCAAGGGAGUGUGUAAAUGGCUUCGUGACAAAGAUUCGAAUUGUUGAUUUGAAAAUAUCACUCAUGAGCUGGCCAUAGUUGCCAGCCAAUAAUCUUCUCUUUAGAAUGUCGCUGCUGCACCGGCUGCAGCGUCUGCGAAGGAGAAGAGGAGGAUGGCUUCAGUCGCCUGUUCUUUGGGUCCUGGGUGUCGCAUGUCUUCUCGAAGUCUCCUUUCACGUUUCUCGCUACCGAGUACCUGUACCAUCGCGCGAACUCGAUACUCCCUUUUACGAGUCGUGUCAGGAACCGCCGGCGACACCGCCUGAGACCCCACGUGAGAAUGCUGCCAUCGUCAUGCUCGCGCGCAACCAGGAGGCAGAGAAAGCGGCCCGUUCCGUCCGCAGCAUCGAGCAGCGCUUUAACCGCUGGUUUCGCUACCCGAUCGUGUUCCUUAAUGAUGAGCCCUGGAGCGAAGAAUUCAUAUCCCUCAUGAAUGCCACCACUAGCGCACCGACUUUCUUCGAAUCCGUUCCGAAAGAAGAAUGGACGUUCCCGUCGUGGAUGGACAAGGACGUGGCUCAAGCGAGUAUAAAAGAUCAAGGCGAUCGUGGAAUAUUAUACGCUGGAAAGGAGACAUACCAUCACAUGUGUCGCUUUUUUUCUGGGAGUUUCUACAAUAUCGAAGCUCUAAAAAAGUAUAAAUGGUAUUGGCGACUGGAACCAGACGUCGAAUUCUCCUGCUCGAUUACAUACGACCCCUUUGUCGAAAUGGCCCGCCAUAAAAAAGUGUACGGGUUUACGAUAUCGCUCUGGGAGGAGAAACGGACGUGCCCUAGCCUUUUCAGAGAGGUGUCAGACUGGAAGGAAAAGCAGGGCAUUCCUAGCACCACACUGUGGAAAGCGAGUGUAGAUGCGUCUUGGAUGCCCUGGCCGUUCCGUAGUCUACUGAGUUGGUUCUCACACCGCGAUAGCUCUGGGGAUGGUUGGAAUCUUUGCCACUAUUGGAGCAACUUCGAGAUCGCCGAUCUCGAUUUCUUCCGCGGACCUAAAUAUCAGGAUCUCUACCAGCAUCUUGAACGCACCGGCGGAUUCUACUUUGAAAGGUGGGGUGACGCUGCAGUCCAUUCACUCGCCGUGAAUAUGCUUGCCGAACCACAUCAAGUACACCACUUCGCUGAUAUUGGAUACCGCCACGACUGGUAUUAUCAAUGUCCAGCCAACGCACCAGAGGGCCAAUUGCCCGAGUCGCAAGCGUUAAACGAGGUCCAGAAGACUUGGGCCAAUGAGAUCCCAGGGGGUGUCGGCUGCCGUUGUGAUUGCGAUGGUCGCCGAAACAGAAACCAUGCUACUUAUUGUUUGAAUAAACUUAAGGCACCUAAUACAGCGCACCGUCCUUGGUCCACCUGGUUCCUCAGCUUCAUCUUCUAAAAAUAACACCUAAUCGAUACUACUCCAGACGACCUUUACAGGACAUAUUCGAAGAGACUCUUCUAAUCGCUAAACUUUUUACAAGCAUACUAGGAGAUAUUGCAAGUCUCGCAGCUUCGCAAUGGACCACGGGGCUAGAAUAAAGACCUACAGAGCAGCAAAGUAGCUCUUAUUAGAUACCUAAUGACGAUGAACCC